AGUAUUAAUAAUUAAAAAAUAAUAACCAAAUAUUGAUUAGUCAAAAAGAAACAACAAUCAAACAGUCUAAUAUAUACAUAUUGUAUCUAAUGAGUUUAUUUUGGUUUUAAUUGCUUAGUUUACAAGCAUAGUUGUUUGGAUAUUGCAGAAGAAAGCAUGGGAGGACAGUGCUCUAAAAAUUCUGUUGUGGCCAAUAAAAGAAUUGAUGAGAAGGAGUCAACAAGUAAUAGUAAUAGUAUUGUUUUGGAUGAAUCAUUUUCACCGGAUGAAUUUUAUGAUGGUAUUCCUCGCUAUCCUUCUCUUAAAUCAAGAUCUUUCCGCUCUAUUACCAAGGUUUCGGAGGUGAGUUCGCGUUUCGGUAGAGCUAGCAUUGAGGUGUUGGAUACACUUGGGAGUAGCAUGACAAAUUUGAACUCCAGUAAUGCAUUUGCAUCCACUGCCCCAACUAAAGGCAAUGAACUAGGAAUCUUAGCUUUUGAGGUAGCAAACACAAUUGUUAAGGGCUCCACCCUUAUGCAUUCGCUUUCAAAAUGGAAUAUACGCCAUUUGAGAGACGCGGUGCUUCCCUCCCAAGGAGUGCAAAAUCUGAUUUCAAAAGAUGUCGAUGAGCUCAUGACCAUCGUUGAAGCUGACAAGAGGGAAGAGUUGAAAAUUUUCUUAGGAGAAGUUGUUCGUUUUGGAAAUGGAUGUAAAGAUCCUCAAUGGCACGACUUGGACCGUUAUUUUGAGAAAAUCAGCAGAGAUCUUACUCAAAGAAAACUGAAGGAAGACCCGGUAUCUAUGAUGGAGCUUCUCAUGACUUUUGUUAAGCAUACAGCAGAACUGUACCAUGAGUUGCAAGUGUUGGACAGAAUUGAACAACAGUUUCAGCGUAGACGCCAAGAGGAGGGUAAAACAGCUGCUGUUCAAAAAGGUGUCAGUAUUGCAACACUGCGAACAGAGCUUAAAAGCAAGAAAAGUCAAGUUCGGAACCUGAAGAAAAAGUCCCUUUGGUCCAGAAGUUUGGAAGAGGUUAUGGAGAAGCUCGUCGAUAUAGUCAACUUCUUACUCCUGGAGAUACACAACACUUUCAGCGGAGGAGGUAUUCAUUUUUCUAAAGGUGGUGAUGAAUCAAUUAAAGCUAAUAACAAUCACUGGAGAUUGGGACCUGCUGGCCUUUCUUUGCAUUAUGCAAAUGUUGUCAUGCAAAUUGAUACUCUAGUGGCACGAUCAGGUAGUAUGCCUCCGAAUACGAGGGAUUCACUGUACCAGAACUUGCCCCCAAGUAUAAAAUCAGCUCUACGUUCCAAAUUACAGUCUUUUCAUGUUAAGGAAGAGGUCACCGUUACGGAAAUCAAAGAUGAGAUGGAAAAGACUCUGCAGUGGCUUGUUCCGAUGUCGACAAACACAGCUAAAGCUCAUCAUGGUUUCGGUUGGGUUGGAGAAUGGGCGAAUUCUGGAGCUGAGGGAAAUCGGAAAGCUAGCGCGUCAGCAGCGGAUAUAAAUCAGAUAGAGACGCUCCACCAUGCGGACAAGGAUAAAACUGAAGCAUAUAUUCUGGAACUGUUAUUGUGGCUUCACCAUCUGGCCAAGAAAUCAAAAGCAGUCCCUAAUAGUAAUAAGGUCAAGCCUUGAAAUGGUAAAUAAUGUUGAAAUAGUUGAGAAAAUGAUAGUAUGUAUGUACAUUUUGAGUUGUAAACAAUGGAAACUAACUUCAAAUAUGGAGCUUUUGCUCUAAAACUACCUAUAAACCUUCAUUGUUACCACA